UAGUUUGAAAACGGUGUUAGAUCCGUGAUCAUUCACUUCAACUCUGCAAUCCAUGAUAUCAUAAAACAAAGCAAAAAUAGAGUAGACACGAUCGCUUGUCGAUCCGACUCAUUUAAACCGCCAUGUUGUCAACAUCGUCAAACGGGAAGAUCAAACGAUCAUCAUCAUCAUCAUCAUCGUCAUCGUCAUCAUUAGCGGGUUCAUUGCAAUGCCUGCAAUUGAUUGCAAUCAGUGUUUUGCUGUGGUGUAGUGCGUCCAGUAGCCUCGCCCAAGCACAGAGAGUAAAGAUGGCCAGCAGUGAUAGCAGUUAUCAGGUGGUGAAGCUCCCAAGUCCACGGACGAAGCUAGGCGAGGGUCCAGUGUGGGACAUCGACUCCCAGAGCCUUUACUAUGUGGACAUCAACACACCGGCCGUCCUGCGCUACGACUAUGGGGAAAAUCGUACCUACAGCGCCAAGCUAGCGGGUGCAAACUCCAUUUCCUUCAUUGCUCUCGUCACGGGACAGCCGGAACAUUUCGUGGUUGGUGAGAACAACCGAGUGACGCUGAUCCGUUGGGACGGUCGCUCCGAGGCGGCAAGUCACGUCCGUGUGCUGGCCGAUUUGGGCCCCAGUCAGAGCCACGUUCGGUUCAACGAUGGCAAGAUUGAUCCGGCCGGCCGUUUGUACGCGGGCACGAUGCAGCUAGAAUCGCUGGGCGAUCUGUUCGCCCAGAAGGAGGGCCAGCUGUUCCGGUACACCAACGGGACGAUGGUGGUGCAGAAGCAGAACGUCAGUAUCUCGAACGGGUUGACCUGGGACGAACCGUUCAACCCGCUGCGCAUGUACUACAUCGAUUCGGCCGCGCUGGAUGUGAAAGCGUUCGAUGUGGAUGCGAACGGUGAUCUGAAGAAUGAGACGGUGUUUUACGACCUGCGUGUCAAUGGCGCACAUCCGGGAUACGUUCCGGACGGAAUGACGAGCGAUGCGGACGGUAAUCUGUACGUUGCGACUUGGGGCGGUUCGAAGGUUAUGAAGAUUGAUAAGGGAUCGCAGAAACUGGUGCUGGAAAUUAAGAUACCUGCUGAGCAGGUAACAUCGGUAGCCUUUGGCGGUCCGCAGAUGGAUGAGCUGUUUGUCACGACGUCUUCCAACGGGGACAAGCCUGCACCGGCCGGCGAGCUGUUCAAAGUGACCGGUUUGGGCGUCAAGGGAAAGCCGAUGCAUAAGAUGGUACUGUGAAGGAUGGGUGGCAUUAAUAAAUCAGUUCAAAGUUUUUAAUUCUUUCAAACCUUGAAAUAAUUACGGAUGGAA